AUGUUCCAGGAGUCUGUGGGUUCUGCAGCACCUUCUCUUGAGAGUUCCAUUAAAUGGGCCGAUGGUUUCCUUAUUAUGUAUUCCAUCACAGACCGGAGCAGCUUUGAGUCUGUCUCACACUUAAAGAGGAUGAGUAUUGAUCAUGUCAAGCAGACCCUGGGCAUACCUACUGUAAUAGCUGUGAAUAAAUGUGACAUGGAGAAUGGAAGGGUGGUGCGGGCAGGAGAAGGAAAGGCCCUUGCCAGUGAUCUGAGGUGCAGCUUCUUUGAGUUGUCUGUGGCGGAAUGUUCUGUGGCUGUGGAGGUAGCGGUUGAGAAGUUGGUAUGAGAGGUGUCGGAAUACCAGCGCCACCUACUGGCCAUGGACAAACAGUCACGCAUGCUCCAGAUGAGGCACGCACUGAGCCUCAAGCUCCCCCGCAGCAAGACCAUGCAAUGGUGA